AUGGCGCAAGAAAAGCUCCCGUCGGAGUUAGAGGAAGAGAUACUUUUUCGUGUUCCACCUUUACCUCUCACUCGCUUGAGAACCGUUUGCAAACGAUGGAACACACUUUUCAACGAAAAGAGAUUUAUUAGAAACCACUUGGCUCGUGCCUAUCCUCAAUUCAUCUUAGCGACCAAAUCCAAGUUUUGUUCCGUAAGCGUCAGUCUUGAUGACGAUCCAAAGAUAGAAGUGCGUGAGUUAAACUUAGAUAUUCCCGGUCUAGAAUCUCAGAGACCUAAAAGCAUCCAUCAUCACGAUGGCUUAUUGCAUUGUUCGUGGGAGGACAAUAGAGUCUAUGUUUGGAAUCCGUUGUUGAGAGAGAGUAGAUGGAUCGAGCCGUAUUCAAAACAAAGUAUGGGAAUCGAGGGUAUAGCGUACGACGAUAAAGGUUUAGAACACAGUAGUUUAAAGUUCUUUGAGUCUCAAUUUAUUCCCAAAUUUAAGUGGAGUACUUUCUACAACUUUGCAUUCAAUGCUUGGAAAGAAUACGACUUCAAAACCGCCGACGAUAGGUUUAUGAGGGUGAUUAAUCUUUUUGGUCUUAGUGUAUUCUUGAAUGGAACUUUGUAUUGGGUUGCUUCUUCUUCUGAAUACCUUGACAAGAUUUUCAUUAUAAGCUUAGAUUGUUCGACUAAGAGAUCGGCCGUCUUUUGUUGUCUACCAUGUAAGAGAACAUCAUUUGCAGAUGCUCCUAUUCUUGCGGUUUUUAGGGAAGAUCGGUUUUCGUUGUUAGAGCAAUGCGGUGAAACUAGGAAGAUUGAGAUUAAGGUGACCAAGAACAAGAUUAAUAAUGGGGAUGGGGAAAGUGUGGAUUGGAUAAUAUUCAUGACUGUAUCAAUUUCUAACGUCCCUGAUUUAGUGGGCGUAAGAUCCUACUAUCCGCCAAGUUACUUCAUCGACGACAAAACGCUUGUCAUGUGUUCUUGUGACGAACAUGGACAGGCUUGGAUUUAUGUUAUGAGGGGAAAUAAGUUGAGUAAAACUCGAAUAGAGGUUGACCGUUGGCCUUUGCAGAUUACCUAUAUUCCCAGUUUGGUCCCUGUUCCACAAGGUCAAAGAGAAGAAGUAGGAUUACAAGUUUAGUUAACAUUUGGCUUCUUUUUUAGUUGUUGGGGAAAGCUAAUUAAGAUGGAUUUGACUUUUGGUUGCAACUCAUUUACCC